ACCCGUUCAAACUGCCCGCGAUCCUAAACCCGCGACCAUCGAUUCCCGUGGUGUUUUUUCUCAGUGAAAAAGAAAAAAGAAAGAAUUGCAAGGGUAGAGGGGAGUGGUGAGAAGAAGGGGUACGCGGGGACAUGGCUCGAUCGUGGUGCGUUGUGAGGGAGUGCAACCAAGUCGUACAGUAACGAGCGAAACGCAGUCGGGUUUACCGAGAUUUUUUUUUUUCUUUUUACGUUUCCGAGGAGUAGCAUCUUGCGAGAUUUCUGUGCUUGGGAUUGGGACUACCCUGCGCCAUGAUUGCGCGUAGGUGUUCAACGUUAACGAUAGCCGUCUGUUUGAUCCUGUCGGUGAAAUUCGGCGCAAAGGCCGAGCGAUGGUCCCGACAGGUAUCUAACAGCGAAUGGAUUCCAUUGGCCAAUCCUAGGGCGACGCAAACUCAUAUAGAGCAGACGGCAAGCGGAAACACGCAGUUGCCUCAGCUUCCGCAGAUCAAUUUGCCGCCGGCGCUCCAACAACAGUACCAGGACCAAUUGCUUCAGCUUCAAAAGACUCAAGAGAACAUACAGAAAUUGCUGCUGUUGCAACAGCAGCUGAAGGCUCAGCAGCAACUCCUUCAAUCUCAGACGUUCGUGCCAAGCGGCUUCAGUAACGCGGAGGAGGACAAGGAAUUGCAUCAGGUUGGAGAAUUGGGCGGCUCACGGAUAGCUGAUCUCGCGACGGAGGAUCUGGUACCGCCGCUUCCGGCUUCAGAAGCCCUGCCGCCGGUGUUUCCGGCGCAGAACUUCCUACCGCAACGACCGCCCAGGCCGCCUCAACCGAAACCGGAGGAUUUUGCUAAUUUGCCGGGGCAAGAGUUUAAAGCCGGCCAGCUGUUGCAGCAUGGAAAUGUGGGACAGAUCGACGAACAUCAGAGACCGGGUGCGAAGCAGUUAAAGGAGAGUCAGAUACCGGUGGUUUCUCAGGACGGAGACGAUGGAGAAGAAGAGGUGCAAUUGGUGUACGUGCCAGCGGAAACGCUGGCGCAACGGGGUCACCCGAAGCGAGGCCGCGGUAGGAAAUAUCCUCAUCGUCAACAGCAAAUUCAACAGUCGCAAUACCACGAGAAUCAAGGCAUCGAUUUGCACGAACAGGACGCGUUCGCCCGUCAAAUUCUGCAACAGAUGCAGAUGGAGCGCGAGGAGAACGCGCAGUUCCUUAAAGAAGAGCGAAUAAAAGAGUUCGCUAGAUUGAACGAAGAGCAACGAGCGUUGGAGAGAAAGAAUCGACUGCAACAGGAAGCUCUGCAAAGGGAGCAAGAGUUGCAGAGGCAACGGGAAGCGGAGAAGAAGAGGAAAGAAUUAGAGAAGCUGGAAGAACUGGCUAAGCAACGAGAACUGGAAAGAAUUCGGGAGGCUAGAGAGAAACAGAGAUUGGAAGAGCUGGAGAGGCGAAGAUUGGCCGAGAUUCGGGCCAAAGAGGAGAAACGAAAAGCGGAGGAAGCCCGACAAAGAGAAGCCGAGAGACUGGCUAGUUUAGAGAGGCAGAAGGAGUUGGAGCUUCAGGCUUUGGAAAAACAAAGAGAAAACGAGGCCAGGUUGACUGGUCCCGAUAAUCAAGUUCAAGCUCAGGCUCUUCCCUUGAUUAGAGAACACCAACAGUUCCAUCGUCAACAUUUAACAGAGACUCCGAAACAGAAGAAGGUCAGAGGUCGGCAAAGACAACGACAGAAUCAGUAUCAAGAUCAACAAAACUACAGGGAAACGACUACUACUCCGUCCCCUAAUCAACCACCAUUGUCAGUCUACAUGGGUAGUUCCAGUUCGAGAACACCAAACGUUAAAGUAUCCGACGUGUUGAAGAUCUUGAAGGACGCGAAGACUAUAGCAGUUUUGGACACAGUUGGUCCUGACACACCUCAGGUAUUCGUGGGGCCAACCAGUCUCGAUCCGCCUUCCGGAUACGCGAAGUUCGACCUGCCUUAUUUGUCCUCCAUCGAUCACAACCGAGUGGAGAGGAAGGUUGACAAAUUGCCUUUCUUCGUGGCGCCGCUCAGCUUCGAUCCACCGGCGGGAUACUCGAAAAUCCCGUUCCCGGCACCUCAUAUAGGAUCAGUGGUGGUGAAUACCUUGGAUAACGAUCCUAAAGACAGCGACUACCCUAAUCCCAGUCCUACUCCUUUGAUAGAACCUAAUUCGUACUUGGACGGCUUGGAAAGCGGGUCUGAUUCCACUACCCCUUCGUAUGAACCCCAAACCACUGUGAGUUAUGCUCCCGAGUCACCGAGCACUCAGAAGUACGAACAAUCUUAUUCCGUGACACCGUCUGGGUAUGCCGGAGCCAGGUUCAGGUUCAAGCAGUAUUACAAUGACAAUAAACCAGCUUCCGUCGUUAGUACCUCGUAUUACGAGGAUCAGAGACCCGCCACGAGAAAGCAGAAAUUCUACGACGAUAAUUUUCCAAGAACCACAGAGAUCCCAAUUCAAAAUUCCAAGGACGUGAGUCAAAAGUUCGAAGACGUCGCAUACGUCACAACCGCUAAUUAUAAGGAAGAAACGAUCAGACCGCACGAUUCGUUUAAUCAGGAGUUGACUCAGCAAAGAGAGUCGCAAAGAUACGACACUGGUAGUCAAUAUGGUACUGCUGGUUACGAGGGUGAAAUCACUGUCACCGACGUUAACGACGUCAGAGCUCCUGUUGGGCCAACGCAGUACAGUUUGCCGGCAGAAUUGCCGGCGAUCUCGCCCCAGCUGCCUGGCCUGGUAAACUCGUUGCUUGACAAGAACGACGCGAAACAACAAAUAAGCACUACUACUCCAACUACUACUACUACUACUACCACUGCGAGUACGACGACUACGCAGAAGACGCCGACGACCACCUACAGGCCACGCAGUAGACAAAGAAUUAGAACGAGUUCCCAGAGACCAAGAACGACGACUCAGGCUCCGUCCACGAGAGCAAACGUGGACAGAAGCCGGAGACCGUACAACAGAUCCAGAUCUAGGUUCACGACCACUACGGAGGAGUACCGUGAAUCCAUUUACGAUCCGACUAAAUCUAAGAUUCCGGAAACCACUUUGAAAUACAACGCGGAACAUAGGAGAUCGAGCAGUAGAACGAACAAAUAUAGGAGCAGAGAUAAAACCAGUCAAUCUGAGCAGGUCCACGGUCAACAGAACACGCAGGCACAGCAGUACGAGACCGGAUCUCAGGUCGACAAUUCCCCAGGGUUCGUGCAGCCGAGUAGCCCGGAGUCGUCGAGCCUUCGUCAGCCGGAACACUUGAGCAGCUACGCCCCGGAGAAUUACCCGUCGACUACCGUCAGCACCACCGAGAGCUACCCGACGCUGCGUGACGUAACCGUGAACCACGGCACCGCUCUAGUUUCCGAGGAUUACUCGAGGAGCCAGAACUACCCGCAGACCGUACAAGAGUACAGGCCCACGUAUCACGAUCAGUCCACAGUAGAACAGGUCGGCCUUGAUAAGAGUCCGGUGAAUGGGUUUAAUUACCAAGCUCAAAGCGGGGAAUUGGAUCAGGGACUCCAGAGGCCGAAAGACUAUCAACUGGAUGGGAAAGUAGAAAACGGUGAAUUCGAAUUGCCUACGACGAUAGACCCGAAGUUUAGGACGACGGAGGAUCAACGUUACUCGACGAUGUACGAUGCAAAUGCGCCACAGCUACAGCCGGAGUAUACGUUGACUGGGCAGGAUAACUUGCAUCGGAUGGAGAGCCAGAAGAUUCAGUCUGGUGCCGAACAACCGAUAUUUAUUCCUCUCCCCGAAAAGCAAGAGGAGUUUGAAUUGCCGGCUACUACUGAGACUCCUCUGUCCGACAUAACACCAGAGACGACGCCAACGAGCACAACGCCCUUAAUAAUCCGACAGCGAGUUCGCGGACGCCUCGGCGGACCCCGAGUACAUCACGAAUCCUCAGUACAAACUCGAAAUCGAGGCUCUCAGGAUGAAUACGUCCGGUUCAACGCCGUGAACCAAGAUUCCACGCGAACUUCACCUAGCAGACAACGAGUCAGGUCCAGACCGCGUACACAAAGCCAUAGUUCGCAAGUUCAAACCGAUGGGAACGAUUAUAUAAAGUUCCACCCAGUUCAACAACAGCGACAAGCCACUACGACAACGACGACAACGACUACGGCGAGUCCGCCGGAAGAGGAUGCAGAUUAUGGGUUCAUAAGGGCACCGAACUUCCGGCCGUCGCAACAGGAUAACAGGUAUCCGGCACCUGUUACUUACCGGCCUCAACCACCAGAGCUGCCGCUGCAAUCACUGUUGCCGAGCGACGAGACCGCAGUAGAAUCGAGCGUCUCGCAAACACAAUUGUUGAAAAAUCGUCAGAAGUAUCAGCCGGCGCCCAACCGUCGGCUGCCGUCGCGACUGCCCGCGACCGCACCGGAAACCACCACGACAACCGAAAGAAUACCUGUUGCCACCGUGUAUCCCGAUGAUUCGGUAUACGUGAAACCAAAGACACAAACGGAUUCAAAGCAAACCAGGAUUCGAAGCAGAGUCCGUCGACCUAGUAGAAAACGCGUGAGCACGAGUACCACAGAAUCCGCGGUGGAUGCUCACAACGAACUGCCUUUAGACGAAAAUUAUCCACGAAUUCGUCCUCAACAAACGACUGAACAACAACAACAAUUGCAACAACAGCAAGCUUUAUAUGAAGAUAAUUAUGAGAGUACUGGAUUAAAUGGAGAAGGAACUCGCAACCAGGGACAUCAGAUCUACGAAACCUCCAGUCAGAACUAUCCAUCGGAGUUCGUGCUGAAUUUCGGCAACUACCCAGCGCCGAUCCAACGCGACGAGUAUGACGAAGCUCCUCUGGCUAGCGACUCAUCACGAAAGUACAGCCAAUCGUUCAAAUCCGAGGAGGAUCAUUCGACGACGGCGGACAUCUACGGCGCGGAAAGUCAGUGGUCUACGAAAUUAACGAGGACUUCGUUCCAGCCGAGUUUCGCGGUGAACCGAGUGGACGGUGUCAAGGAACAGAAAUGGCACCAAGAGGAGAAUAACGCGCCGGAAAUAAUCACCGCGGCGCCGGAGGUAUCGUCCGUUACACUGUUGGUCUCCUCGGACAAUAAGGCGAACGGAACUGGCAACGAAGACGAGGAUGAGAUGCUGAUGGGCACCACGAUAUUCGGCAGGAAGACGACUGUUCAAGAUCAUACAGAGAGAAUGAAUGCUAACAGUGCGACGACCGACGUACCGUUGGCCAAGAAUAGAAACGGAAGCGACCUGGACAUUGUACGGGAGUCUUGGCUGAUGGACAGGGAAAACACGGAGCAGAAUAUCGAUUUGAAAAAGAGUGACGGUGUUCAAAUUGCGAAGAAGAGUGGACGAAGGAGAAGAGUCCGCGUGCGAGUCAGACCAGCGGUCGACGAUUUCGUUACAGCAGAAUCCCAGCACUUCAACUCCGCCCUGAAUGGUCUGUUCCAAGACCAAUACAAAUACAACCCCGCGAGCGAGUCGAAGCAGCCGGUAGUCUCGUCGGAAAACUCUGUAUUGCAGAGCUUUCUGACCGAGAUACUGAAAAACGACGAGCCCGUGAAGACCACGACAACCGAAGCGCCGGAAACCACGUGGACCAUGCCCCCGGCAGUCACCACUCCUAUGACGGUUCCCGACGACGUCCCAGAGACAACAGAAAUUGAAACCACUGUCACACCGACUACUGAGAAAUUAGAAGAGAGCACUACUGGAUUUCCUUUCUUGGAUUUCUUUUCAAAACUGACUAAACCGGAAGAUGUUGCAAAGGCAAAUGAAAAUGAAAAUAAAGACCAAGAAAUGAAGGAAGAGAAGAUCGACUCUUGGGAGUCGACCAAGAAAUGGAAUCAGAAUACCUUGAAUUUCGGGUCUAUCUCUGAAAAGUACAUAAUCAAGGAUAAGAAAUUAAAUAAUGAUUCGAAAGCAGUGAAACAAAGUGACAAAGAAUCAAAGACAGAAGAGAAUGAAAUGGAAACAAGAAAUGAGACGAAACCGGAAUUUGGAAGGAACGAAGAAGAUCAUGCUCAUCCCAAGAACCAUAGAGCCAAAUGGAGCGAAGUGAGAUAUCCAUCCGCGUUCGACUCGCCAGCUGCCAGGUUCGAAUCGGUGAAAACGAAUAAGAAAUCGAGCCGAACGUCGAUUCCAGGACUGGUAACGAAAAGCGAAGGGGACACUAGUGUAAAGAGCUUGUCUGACUACGUCCAAGCGAUUUUCGACACCAUGAAGAGCGCCGAGGAAGAGGACACAACAACGGGAAACACGGAGAGUCCUGAACUUACUACGAUCAAUCCAGGUACUGAAUUACCAGUUCACGAUAGCACCGAAGUAGAAAAAUCAAGCGUCACUGAGAUAAGAACGACGACUGAGACGGUUCUCGAAGAGACCCGAACGACUGCAAACGACAAGGAAGCGACGCAGACGACAGAAUCGUCGACGAAUAUCGAUCUGGAGACCGCUACGACUUUAGGCGCGACCUCAGACACCGCGACGAGUCCGUCGGCUGAGAAUUCGGCCACGGAACCUCCGGCGACUUUCAAGCCGGACGGCAACGCGUCGAUAAACUCUACGGAUUCUAUGCUUGGAAAAGUUCUAAGGACGUCAACCACUACGAAGGUCUCGCAUAUGACGGAAAUCUGUUAUCGAGGUCGAUGCGUGAUGACCAGGCCCAACAGGGACGAUCAAUCCAGAUGAAAGAAUCAUAAAAGAGAUACGAACGUUCCUUGGGACGUGAAGAAUUGCAGGAAUUGUAUAUAAAGGGCCUCGUUAAUCGCGACCUUCGUACCGUGAUUUAUUUAUUGCAGUCAAAUUUUUCCUUUCAAAAUAACUUCUUUCAUAUCAUAAUACAAUACACUUCAAUCCAAUUUCAUUCUAAUAUUCAUUUAUAUCUAUGCUUGUUAAUUUGUAUACGCAUGUAAUUUCAUCAAUUAACAAGAAGAAAUAUAAGGGGGGCUGAAAUAAGAGCGUACUACCCUAGUCAGGGUGAUUCGAUAAGAAAAGUGAAGCAUCGUCGAAGACGAAUCGAUCGUACGUCGCGAUGCUUGUUUAAGGGAAGGGUGCCACAGGGGUACCCUCGACUCGGUUCGAAGCCGGAAACAGAGGCCCGGCUAAGCGUUGUCUUUAAGACAAAACAAAACGAUAGAUGGCUAAGUCUAUUUAACUUAAUUACUACCUGCCGGCUGCUGUAGGGUAUACGUGUAAGUUAAGCGUUUUAAGUAUUUUAAUAAAAACACGUCAAAGAAA